AUGCCCCCGCCCGCCUGCGGUGCCAUCGUGCAGGGCCGCCCGCCCCUCGUAGCCCAUCCCGAGCUUGUCCCAGCUUCCCCAUCCCGCCCCCGUUGGUGUUGCUGAGGCUGCCGCUUGUCUCCCCAGCAAAUUUUUGUGACAGAGGCAUUCCCGGGCCCGUUCCCUUUGCUAGCGAGCAUGGAGUUUGCGGAGCUGAUCAAGACGCCUCGAGCGGACAACGUCGUCCUGCACCGCCCUUUCUACCUGGCUGUGGAGGGGACUCUGUGUUUGACUGGCCACCAUCUCAUUUUUUCUUCACGGCGUCAAGAUAACGCUGAGGAGCUGUGGCUACUGCACUCCAACAUCGAUUCUAUUGAAAAAAGGUUUGUGGGCUCACUGGGUACCAUCAUUAUAAAAUGCAAAGAUCUGCGAAUUAUUCAGCUGGACAUACCUGGAAUGGAGGAGUGUUUGAACAUUGCUAGCUCUAUUGAGGCACUUUCCACAUUGGAUUCUGUCACUCUCAUGUAUCCCUUCUUCUACCGGCCCAUGUUUGAAAUCGUUGAAGAUGGCUGGCGCUCUUUUCUGCCUGACCAAGAAUUUGAGCUCCUCAGUUCAGUGACAGAUGAAUGGCGUCUAAGCUGCAUCAAUAAGGAAUUCUCUGUCUGUCCCUCCUACCCUCCAGUUGUCAUUGUCCCCAAAUCCAUCGAUGAUGACGCGCUUCGGAAAGUUGCCAUGUUUCGCCAUGGCAGUCGCUUCCCAGUCCUCAGCUAUUAUCAUAAGAAGAAUGGGAUGGUCAUGAUGCGAAGUAGCCAGCCUCUUACAGGUACAAAUGGGAGACGGUGUAAAGAAGAUGAGAAGCUUAUUAAUGCCACGCUACGGCCUGGCAAGCGUGGCUACAUCAUUGAUACGAGGUCCUUGAAUGUUGCCCAGCAGGCCAGGGCCAAAGGAGGGGGCUUUGAACAAGAAGCACACUAUCCCCAGUGGAGGAGGAUUCAUAAAUGUAUUGAGAGGUUUAAUAUUCUGCAGGAAAGCCUCAUCAAACUUGUGGAAGCUUGCAAUGACCAGUCGCACAAUAUGGACCGCUGGCUCAGUAAACUAGAAGCUUCCAACUGGCUGACUCACAUCAAGGAGAUACUAACUGCAGCUUGUCUAGCUGCUCAGUGUAUUGAUAGGGAGGGUGCAUCAGUGUUAGUCCAUGGGACUGAAGGAACUGAUUCAACACUCCAGGUAACUUCUCUGGCACAGAUUAUCUUGGAUCCAAGUUGCAGGACCAUACGUGGCUUUGAAUCUCUUGUUGUGAGGGAGUGGCUACAGGCUGGCCACCCUUUUCAGCAGCGCUGUGCCCAAUCAGCCUAUUCAAAUAGCAAGCAGAAAUGGGAGGCCCCAGUGUUUCUCCUCUUUUUGGACUGUGUGUGGCAAAUCCUUCGUCAGUUCCCUUGCUCUUUUGAAUUCAACGAACAAUUCCUCAUUAUGCUCUUUGAACAUGCUUACGCUUCACAGUUUGGCACUUUCCUGGGAAACAACGAAAAUGAAAGAUCUAAGCUGAAGCUGCCGCAAAAGACUAUGUCCCUGUGGUCCUGGGUGAACAGGUCUGAAGAGCUGAGCAAGUUCCAGAAUCCUCUUUUUGAGGCCAACAGCCUUGUCAUCUGGCCCUCUGUUGCCCCACAGAGCCUGCAGCUCUGGGAAGGUGUCUUUCUUCGGUGGAACAGGCCUUCCAAGUUCCUAGACGAAGCCCAUGAAGAAAUGAUCAACAUCAUAAAAUACAACAAGGAACUUCAGGCAAAGGUUAAUGCAUUGAGGCGGCAGCUAGCAGAGAUGGAAACGGAUGAUAGGAUGCAGGAGAACCUGUGAGCUGGCAGGGCUUUGCCUCAGGUCUUUCCUUUCCAGUCCCCUUCACGUUAAAGACUGAACAUGGAAAGUGCAUGUAUUGCAGAGCCCUCUGGGUACGGUUGACCCUCAGUCCUACCACUGCUGAAACCUACACUUCACACUAUGUACCUCCCUGCUUUUUGGGAGGGAUUUUUGUUUUGUUUACAGAAGACAUACACAACUGGGCA